AACCCAUCUCCUCUCCUUUCUUCUCUGAAAGUGAACGAACCAUAGAAGCCACUGCAGCCCCCAAUCGGCGCAGCCACCACGGCCCGCAUUCACCGCAUCUCGCAGCCACCGCAGCCCCACAGCCCCCACAGCGUCGUUGUCAGCGCCGAGCUCGCCUUCUUUGUGUUUGCCGGUGUCGCGUCCUCUGUCGUCGCCGUUGCUCGCCUUCCUCCUCGCCGUCGUGUGGAAGCUCUGUGGCCGUCGCAGGAGUUGUGUUGCCGUUGUAGGAAGCUCCGCCGCCGUCCUAGGAAGCUGCGUAGUCGUCGUAGGAAGCUCCCUCGCCGUCGUGUAGAAGCUCUGUGGCCGUCGCCGUCUCCUCUGUUCGAGCGCUCUCUCCGUGUUUGCCAGUGUCGCCGUCUCCUCUGUCAGUCGUGGUCACUCCCCUCCCUCCUCGCCGCCGGUAAGCAUGAGGAUAGACGACUAAGAUGGCUUUUCAGCAAUUUUUGAGGAGAAAACUCCAAUCUCACUUUCAUAAAAAUAAUGCAAUGGUUUCAGCACUCGCAAUACAUUCAUCUCUUUCACAAACUCAACACUGACUUAUUCUGAGGGGAACCAAAGGAAAGGACUAGAAAGAAAGCCUUAAUCUGCAAAUUGGCAUUGAUUUUUCACUUAAAUGUGUAUUAGAAAACCCCCAUUCCCUCGUCUCCUCCUUAACAAUGUCUCUUGCAUGAGAAAUGCUCAGCAAGUUCUCCGUCAUGUCAAUGUCUCUCUCCAUGACGGAAGUGCGCUCGUCCUAACUGGUGCAAAUGGCUCUGGCAAGACCACCUUCCUCCGCAUGCUAGCUGGAUUUUCCCGUCCCUCAGCUGGUGAAAUUCUUUGGAAUGGACACAACAUACAAGAUUCUGGAAUCUUCCACCAGUACAAGCUCCAGCUCAACUGGCUCUCCCUCAAGGAUGCGAUCACUGAUCGGUUCACAGUUCUCGAAAAUGUUCAGUGGUUUGAGGUUCUUGAAGGAAAGUCUGGCAGGGCUUUACCUGCGCUUGAGUUGAUGGGGCUGGGCAGAUUGGCCAAGGAGAAGCCAAGGAUGCUAUCCAUGGGGCAGCGGAAAAGAGUGCAACUUGCAAGGUUGAUUGCUCUCGAUCGACCCAUAUGGUUGCUUGAUGAGCCUUCCGUUGCGUUGGAUGAUGAAGGGGUGAAGUUACUUGAGUACAUCAUUUCGGAACAUCGGAAAAAUGGAGGGAUUGUGAUUGUGGCUACUCAUUUACCUAUUGAAACACAUGAUUCCAUGGUGUUGCGGCUCCCACCCAGGUUUCCAAGGAGGAUGACUUUCUUUGAUAUGCUUGAUCGUUCCGAUAUUAUGUAAUUGGAUUAAAGUUCUGGAAUUAGUUAUUUACAAUGUAAUUUGUGACAAUGGAGUCAGAAAAGUUAGUUGUUUUAUUGUAUCCUUUCUGAAAGGGAACAUUUUAUGAUAAAUGCUAAUGAUAAUAAUAUUUUGUAGGCACAUUUAGCCUUCAGG